CCUGCCCCAAAAAUCCCACUCCUUUGGAUUGGAUUCUGCAUCAAACAACAACAAUGGUACCGAAAUCAGCUCAUUGCAUGUUAUUAUAUAUACUUCAUAGCGAAAAAAAUUAAGAAUUUUCAUUGGAUUUCCCUCAGAUUUUGGUUGGCAAAAUCGCCCAACUAUUUAUUUUUUCUUAAAUUUUCUUUUCGUCUUCGGCCCUUCCAAAGAUUUUGCAUAAACUCAUUGAUUCUCUCUCUGUCUUCCAUUUUUCUUCUCUCUUAUUUUGUUUCCCAUUCUAAAGAUUCUUGCUUGCCUUUUUUGGGCAAAAUAAAGAUUCGAAAUUUCUGCUUGCUGCCGGUUUCACGAGUGUAAAUGGCCAAUGCAUCUGGGUUUUUCACGCCUUCGGUACCGAAGCUGAGGACGAGGAUUCAGCCUUCAAUAGGCAUUUCUCGAUCUGGGUUUUUCUUCUCUAGGAGGGUAGUGUGCUCAAGUGCCAUUGAAGGUGCAGAGAAGGAUGUUUCACCUUCUGGAUCUCGAGUGCCCAAGCUUGUGAGUAAAGGCUGCAAGUUAGUCGGCUGUGGGUCAGCAGUGCCAUCUCUUUCGGUUUCCAACGACGAUCUUUCAAAGAUAGUUGAUACUAAUGAUGAAUGGAUCUCUGUUCGCACUGGAAUACGAAAUCGACGGGUAAUUUCAGGAAAGGAAAGUUUGAAAGAUCUAGCAGUCGAAGCGGCACGAAAAGCUCUUGAAAUGGCAGAUUUUGAUCCUAAUGAUCUUGAUCUAAUCUUGGUGUGCACAUCUACUCCAGAAGAUAUUUUUGGUGCCGCUCCACAGAUCCAAAGAGAGCUUGGCUGCAAAAAAUCUCCUUUAGCUUAUGAUAUUACGGCUGCUUGUAGCGGAUUUGUGCUCGGUCUGGUCUCAGCUGCUUGUCACAUUCGGGGAGGUGGCUUUCAUAAUGUUUUGGUGAUUGGAGCUGACGGUAUAUCUCGAUUUGUUGAUUGGACUGAUAGAGGGACAUGUAUCCUCUUUGGGGAUGCCGCGGGUGCUGUACUAGUUCAGGCCUGUGAUGCUGAGGAGGAUGGUUUAUUAAGCUUCGACUUGCAUAGCGAUGGCGAGGGUGCAAGUUGCAGACAUCUUGGUGCCCCCAUGAGUGAUGAUAAAACCAAUGAACUGUUGGGUUCUAAUGGUUCAGUCUUAGAUUUUCCCCCGAAAAGGUUCUCUUAUUCCUGCAUACAGAUGAAUGGCAAAGAAGUCUUUCGCUUCGCCGUUCGAUGUGUACCGCAAUCAAUUGAAUCUGCCUUGGAGAAAGCUGGUCUCGUUUCAUCCAAUGUGGACUGGUUAUUGCUCCAUCAGGCAAACCAAAGGAUCAUCGAUGCAGUCGCAACACGAUUAGAGUUCCCGCAGGAAAAAGUGAUAUCAAAUCUGGCAAACUAUGGUAAUACGAGCGCCGCAUCGAUUCCUUUGGCAUUGGACGAAGCCGUUCGAAGUGGAAAGGUGAAGCCGGGGCAUACGAUCGCAACAGCAGGCUUCGGCGCAGGUUUAACUUGGGGUUCUGCAGUUAUUAGAUGGGGAUGAAAGAGAACCCUGCGGCCAAAUUAACCAUGUCCGAAAAGAACAGAAACAUUCUUGUGAAGAAGAGCUCUGUCCCAAUCCCCGAGUCCCGACAUUCUGAUCCAAAAAAUACACAGAAAACGAGACUUUGGAAUCACAAAAAUCUCCAUCAGCUCUAUUAUUGUUUGUUCUAAAAAUUCUUCUUUUUUUUCGA